UCGGAGGAGGUGUGGGAUCGGCCGGUGCGGAGGUCCCCGUGAGGUGUCUGUCUUUGGGUUCGGUACAGAUCAUCGAGACAAGCGCUCAGUUUGUGGAAGACAUCAUGCCGAGCAGCGAAAGGCCAUCUGAGAACAGAAGGAUGAACAAACCAAUCAUGGAGAAGCGCCGGCGGGCCCGCAUCAAUGACUGCCUUAACGAGCUGAAGAGCCUGGUGCUGGAGGGGCUGAAAAAGGACCCGGCGCGUCAUUCGAAGCUGGAGAAGGCCGACAUCCUGGAGAUGGCCGUCAAACACCUGCGCUCGUUGCAGACGAGGCCGGGCGCCACGCAGGCGCGCUUCCAGCAGGGCUACGCCGACUGCGCGAGGGAGGUGGCCUCCUACCUCGAGUCUAGAGAGGGCCUCGACCAAGAGGCCAAGCAGCGGCUGAUGGUGCACCUGGCCAGCUCGUGCCGGCCCCUGAGCACAUCCGCGGCGCCGGCACCGACGUCGGCGUCGGCGGCCGUGCCGACCCUGCUCGGAGGCCUGCAGCUGGUGGCGGCCGUGCUGCCCGGCGGCGAGCUUGGUUACAUCGUGCAAACGCGUCAGCCCGUGGGCUCGCUGAGUCCGCCGCCCUCCUGGGAGCCGACCGACGCCGGCUCGCCCGCCAGCCCCGCCUCGUCCUGCGGCUCGUUCGGCUCGUCCGAGGGCCGGCCGACCAGCCCCCGGCCGCUCGACCUCGUGGCGCACAACCGGGGACCAGAGGAUGAGGCCCACUGGCGGCCCUGGUGACGGCAGGACGGACGAGGCCCAGCGGCGGCGCUCCGGGAAAAAGGGUCACCUAAAUGGGAUGUGGCGAAGGAAGAUUGUCAGGUCACAGGUUAGGCCAGAAGUUUGCGUGAGCAGCCAUAAUCUAUCGAUCGCUCAUAGUGUGCAGCCGCUAUUGGCGAGGUGCAUUCCACACUGCGCACAUUCCACUGAAGUGUGGCCUUGUGAUUUCGUCGGCCUUUUAGCCUUCUGCUUCUGUGAUUUGCGCUGUGUAAGUGUGAUGUUUGGAUAGGUGCUCACGCCGGGUCCUUUGAGUGCCAAUGCCGCCGGCGGCCGCUUCUGAAGUGUGCUGACGUUGCGAGCGGUGGCAUGUUUUGCAAGGCACUUAGGCCUCGGUCGUCGACUCGUGCGGUGCGGUGACUUGGAUUAUCGCUCACGACUCUCACGGAGAUCGGUCGACCUGGCAAUGUGUCCGGAAUUGUGAGAGCCAUUUUACGUACAAUACAGCGACG